UUAAUUUUGUCAACUAGACGCGGGAACACCAACACUCACACAGUCAGGCGGCCAUCAUUGCAAGCUGCUGCAUUAUAACAAUAUUUAACAUCAUUGCACCCAUAUUGUUACCUCUGAGAUGACUCUUCCUAAUGGUGACAGUAACUCCCUGGCUGAUGACUCUGGUGAUGACUUGGAUGAUACCUCAAGUGUAGGAAGUGGUUCCAAUGCUGAUAACUCCCGCAGUGGGACUCCAACACUACGCAGAAAAGGUCGUAACAAACGUGGACGAAAAAAGGCCCCAGCACCUCUUAAAAUGGGAUACAAAUUUGUAUGCUAUUUAAAAGAAGACCACGGGCAGCCCAUAUUUGGGGUGCAGUUUAAUCAGCACCUACGUGAUGGCCAGCCACUCGUGUUUGCAACAGCUGGCAACAAUCGUAUCUCUGUUUAUCAGUGUAUGGAUGAUGGCGCCAUCAAACUCCUACAGUGUUACAGUGACCCGGACCCUGAGGAGAACUUCUACACGGUGGCUUGGAGUUAUGACACAGAUACGGGUAGACCAACCCUCGCCGCCGCCGGCUCCCGGGGUGUUAUACGAAUCUUUUCACUCGCCACAAUGCAGUGUGUAAAACAUUUCAUAGGCCAUGGAAAUGCUAUCAAUGAGUUGAAGUUCCACCCACGGGACCCCAACUUGUUACUAUCAGUUAGCAAGGAUCACGCUUUAAGGAUGUGGAACAUUCGCACUGACAUCUUGGUGGCGACCUUUGGUGGAGUAGAGGCCCACAGGGACGAGGUGCUUAGUACGGAUAUAGAUGUGGAAGGCAUGUGUAUUGUAUCAUGUGGGAUGGACCAUUCCUUAAAGAUCUGGAAGCUGACUACAGACAUCAUGCUCUCCACCAUCAACCAGUCGUACACGUUCAACCCCAGUCGAGCAGUGAGACCGUUCCCAACUGUACAGCAGAAUUUCCCUGACUUUUCAACCAGAGAUAUUCAUAGAAAUUAUGUGGACUGUGUUCGCUGGCUUGGUAGAUUCAUCCUAUCCAAGAGUUGUGAAAACACCAUAGUGUGCUGGAAGCCUGGUCUCCUCAAUCAAACAGAGCUGAAGCACAACGACACCAAUGUCACAAUCAUACACAAGUUUGACUACAAGGAAUGUGAAAUCUGGUUCAUGAGGUUCUCCUUGGACUACUGGCAAAAGGUAUUGGCAGUUGGUAAUCAACUGGGUCGUACUUACGUUUGGGAUCUAGAUAUUUCCGAUCCAUCUCAAGCCCGAUGCUCAACACUUACCCACCCAAAAUGUGUUGCCCCCAUUAGACAGACGGCCUUUUCACGUAACGGUAAUAUUUUGAUAACCGUGUGUGACGAUGCCACUAUCUGGCGCUGGGAUAGAGUAGCGCAACAAUAGAAGGUUUGAUAGUUUAUAAUAAAAAGGAUACAAAAUAAAAGGAAAGCCUUACUUUGUAAGUGCUUUGUUGCAUAAGGAUUUAUGCUGCAGUCAUACAUACUUCAGUUUCUUACUGAUUUGUGUUCCUCCGUCUUUUGUAUUUGUGUACAGCAUGUGAAGGAGUGAUUCACGUGCAUAUUAUGCUCAUUUAGUUCUCGUCUAAAUGGAACAUUUUAGUAUUACGAUUAUAAUUGAAAAUAAUUAUAGUCAUGUUUUGUACCUUCAUAUUGAUAGGAUAUUCAUAAAUAAAACUUUUUUGUAA